AUGUCUGAUAAUUGCGCACCCAAUGAACACACAGCGCUAGACAAGUCAUCCGGUUCUGGCCGAGGCAACAUUGGCCCUGAUAGGAACCGACACACGAACGAUGGCGCUUCGACUCUUACCGAAAGACAUGGGGUUCAGAAAGGCCAGCCCAGCACGUCCCAGGUCACUUUCGCAUCUCAGGCAGCCCGGCCAGACCGCACCGCUGAGGCCAGACGUCUCCAGCUGGAGAUUGAAUCGGAGUCAUCUCUCGGCAAACCCCGCCGAAGCCGGGCACGUAAGGCUCAAGGUAGCCUCGAGAGCUGCGUGGUCGAGAUACCUAAGGUGGCCGAGAUUCUCUGUGCUGAGUGUGGCAGCGCCUGUCAUACCUUGAAGGACUGCAUCACUACCAUUGGCAUUCGUGGAUGUGUGUUCUGCAACAGUGAGAGCCAUGCUACCGACAACUGCAGAGAGUUCUCUCGCCUUAGCAUGGGACAAAAGGUCCAGUUGCUCGUGACAGACCGCGCUGGCAUGCCCCCAAUCCUCACCGACUUGGGCUGGUGGGUUUGGCUUCAUAAGAUUCUGACAGCCCCUCAUACCAAGGACCAGCCAAUUCCCACUGCAUUCCCCUGGACAGUGGAGCUUUCUUGUGAGGUCUAUCGUGGCGAGACACAAAAGUCCAUCACGGAGUACCAGCACGAGGUCGAUCACUCCCACAAGGUCAGCGCUCUGCCUACGGAUGCGCGCCUGCAGACAAUGAAGGACGUCUUCAGCCACUUCUGGGAUGGGGAGGGCAGGGUGUGGCCGGCUCGUCUAGACAGCUCGCCAGCCUCGACCGAGGCCGACAACUCUUGUCAAGGGGCUAUUGGGUGGCACCUACCAUGGAGGAGAUCCAGAGGCUGGGGGAGAUUAUCAUUGGACAGGCGGGAGAGGUUCAUGACUGGAAGAAGAAGUAUGAACUAUUAG